AUGCGCGCCUGCCUCCUGCUGUGUGCGGCGCUCGCGCUCACGCCGCGCGCCGCCGCCGCCUCGCACAAGCACACACACGGGACACACGGUCUACACGGGACGCACGGGACACACGGGGCGCACGGGACGCACGGGACAUACGGGACCCACGGGACAUACGGGUCGCACGAGAUACACGAGCCGCCAGCGCCAGAGCCGGCGAGACUAGAACACAUCAAAACACAAAUACUUGCCAAGCUGGGUUUGGCGGAGCGACCGACGCCGCUAGGGGCGCCGCCACGUGACGUCGUGAGGCAGAUACUAGCUCGGGCUGCGGACGACCAGCCCGAACACCAACCUGAGCCGGAACAGAGCAUGAGAGAAAUCAUUGCGAUAGCACAUAGAGGCAAUAAUAAAACAGGAAAAGAAGGCUAUCAGAGACAGUGUUUACGAUCCUACUCACAAGAUCGCAUGUUGGCUUAUCCCCUUCUGAUGGCCGAUAUAUUACGAUAA